AUGUCUUUCCUCGAUGUCGACUGUUCUUAUGAUCAACACUCACAAUGGCAACGAGCCCCGUGCAUCAUCGACCAAGACGUCCAUGGGUACUGCCAAGAGCAAGGUUGGGGGCCAUCCUCCUUCUUCAGUGCAGUCUGGGCAAUUGUUCUUCAAAAAUAUACUGCAUCUCAAGAGGUGACCUUUGCAAUUCAAAGUAAUGAGAUUCACGCGGGAGUGCCAACGAUAUGCGAUAUUUCUAUUGAUCCGCUGAUCCCAAUCCGCGAUUUGAUGGGGGCUCCUUUGGCUCUGUCCCCAGUGGCGGGGAGUGCGAGUGUAUGCAACACCGGGGUGGCCCUCGACAUGCAACAGAUUGACAGCACAACCCCCCUCCCACUGCAAAUUGUUUUGUGCGCAAGCACUACAGCCUCUGAAUCAUGGCUCGCUUUCUCGUCAGGUAUUGCAUUGUCUGUUGCGGAAAACCUCGUUUCAACGGUGGAACAGACAAUCAAGGAAAUCAUGCGGAGCCCCAAUCAAACAGUCGGGCAUCUGAAUCUAUUCAGUGAACACAACACUCGUCAGGUUUCUUCAUGGAAUGGACAGCCCACGCCGAGUAACAUGCUCUCAUUCGUGGACCUCCUUCGCCAACACGCGUCACAGCGAGCAGAUCAUGAAGCCAUUUGUGCCUGGGACGGCUCACUCACGUACGCCGAGCUAGAUAUGUUGACCACGCGAUUGGCGCACCAACUACGAACGAUGGACAUUGGUGAGAACGAUAAAGUGCUGCUCGCCUUCGAGAAGUCGAUGUAUGCCGUUGUCGCGUUCCUGUCCAUCCUCAAGGCAGGCGCUGCUUUCGUUCCUGUCAGCCCGGCCUAUCCAACAGAGCGUAUGCAAGCCAUCAUCGACGCAACUAGCCCUCGUCUUGCCCUUUGCUUGCCGGAAGCCACUCCAGUCUUUGACCAGUUUCAAGUUCCAUCUCUGGGCCUCAGCCCAUCCACUAUCGCACCUCUGUCGGCCGAUCAGGGGCCGCUUCCUUCAUCUGACCCAGAACGUGUGGCUUACAUUCUCUUCACUUCUGGCAGUACAGGUCGUCCGAAGGGUUGUGUCAUUCAACACCAGGCACUGGCGACCAUGACAGUCCAAGGUCCGGCGUUCCGCAUCUACCCCUUCAGUCGAGUCCUCCAGGUUGCUCCAAUCGUCUUUGCCGCCUCGUCGGUUGAUAUGUUUUUACCUCUGCUGACGGGAGGGACUGUCUGCAUCGCCUCGAAACAUGAUCUGAUGAAUAACCUCACAGCCGUGAUGAAACAGUUCCGAGUGACGUGGGCCUGUAUGACUCCCUCGGCCAUCACCUCGGUAGAACCAUCGGAGAUAUCAGGACUACAAACACUGGGUUUAGUCGGCGAGCCUGUCAGUGACGAGUUGCUCAACAAGUGGGCCUCCUCCGUGGACCUUCUCUCCGGCUAUGGACUCUCCGAAAUUGUCGGUGCCGGAUGUGUUUCUUCUCUCGGGGUAGACAUGCACCCUCGAAAUAUCGGCCAUUCGCCCACUGCACACAUCUGGCUGGCAGACCCUACCGAUAUAACUCAACUAGCCCCGGUCGGUGCGAUUGGCGAAAUAUUGAUCGAGGGCCCAAACCUCGCUCACGGAUAUCUUGAUGACACACAAAAGACCACCGCUACUUUCAUCGAGGCGCCCGCGUGGCUUCAGACUUUCCACCCUGGGCCGGGUCGGCGUGUUCUAAGGACAGGCGAUCUUGCUCGAUACCACCCUGACGGCUCCAUCGUAUUUAUGGGUCGCAAGGAUACGCAAGUCAAGAUUCGUGGAAAGCGAGUCGAGCUUGGAGAGGUUGAGAGCGUGAUCCGUCUGCACCAAAAGGCCGACAGCACUGUGUUCGUGGAGUCCGCAGCUCCAUCAGACGGCGAUGACACGCCUCUGUUGGUUGCUUUUAUCCACGAGUUUGAAUGGCAGCUUGCAGAUUCUUCUUCGUUGCUAGGAUCUCCCAGUCAAGAAUUCAUGGGGAUGGUGUCUCGUCUUGAUCUCCUCAUCGGCACUACAUUGCCAGACUACAUGAAACCGAGCAUAUACCUGCCACUUAAUCAUAUCCCCAAGACUGCCUCCGGAAAGACAGACCGUCGUGCAUUGCGGGUUGAGGUCGCUGGGAUGACGAGGGAACAGAUCGAAGCCUACUACAGUCUCGGUGGUGAACCAAGCACUCCCCCAGGGACAGAUGCUGAGAGAUCUAUGCAUGAUUUGUUCUCCCAGAUCUUGAAGAGGAGUCAGAAUUCUUUCGGAAUCCAUGAUGAAUUCCUCCGAUUGGGUGGAGAUUCCAUCAAAGCAAUUAGCCUGGUUCAACUUUGUCGAAAGACUGGACUUGGUAUCGAUGUUGCUCAGAUUAUGGAGUCUGGAACAGUGGCCCAGCUCUCACAGAUUGCCCGUCCUAUCCCACGGGAUUCACCCACGAACGAGAACCAAGAGUUCGAACUCCCUGUCGCUGCCGUCUCGCAACAAUUAAACAACCUCGGCCUCACUACGCAAGAAGUCGAAUCUGUGAGCCCGUGUACCUCGAUGCAGGAAGGAAUCCUGAUGAGCCAACUGAAAAGGCCUGACCAGUACGCACUGCGUGUCUUUUACGAAGCCGAUAUGCCUAAAGGGUCGCCUUCGACAGUGGACGUCCCUCGACUUCAACGUGCAUGGCAAGCGCUGGUUCGGAGCCACUGCAUGCUGCGGACAAUCUUUGUGACAAAUGCCACACCCAGUCGAUUUGCGGUGCAGGUUCGGCUGAAGAAUGGUUCCAUUCCACAAAUUGAGAAGCUCGACGAUGACUUCAGACCGGACGAUCUUGUAAACCAGCGCCAGGGCUGUCAGCCCCCAAGCACGCCACCUCAGUUCCGUUUACAUGUCACCCCCAGGGGACGGGUAAUCAUCGAACUGGAGCUGUCCCACGCGGUUGUCGACGGCAUGUCGAUGUCCAUCAUAGUUCGGGAUUUGUCCACGCUCUAUGACAAUGCAGAGACUUCUUUGUCUAUCUUCGACUUUGACAAGUAUGUUCGGCACGAACGGACGACGGGUUCGAGUGCAUCGUCGUUGGCCUACUGGAAGCAAUAUCUAGAUUGUGUGGAGCCGAGUGAGUUCCCCACGGCCAGAGAUGGCACCUCAGAUGUGUCGAAGGGGUCAAUCGAGGCUUCGGCGUUCAGGGCUUUGUCAGUUGACGUUGGCCCGGUCGGAAAAUAUCGCGAGUUCGCCCAGUCAACUGGAACAACCGUGGCAAACGUCGUCAAGCUCGCAUGGUCUCUUGUCUUACAUAUCAUGUGUCGCGCAGACGAUGUGUGCUUCGGAUAUUUGAGUACGAGUCGCGACGCACCUGUUGAGGGUAUCUUGGGGGGUAUUGGUCCUCUCAUCAACCUGCUGGUGUUUCGUCACAGGAUUGACCAGGAGUCUACAGUGGCGGAAGCGUUGGGUGAGAUACAGAAAGACUUCGUGUCAAGCCUACCCCACAAGGGCACCUCUUUGAGCGACAUUCGUCGAGCUUCGGGUUUUGGCAGUGGAGAGGCCAUGUUCAACACCUGCAUCAGUCAUUUCCCAGCAGCUGCUUUUGAUGUGGCUGCCCAGUUGCCAAUUCAACUUCACGAAAUUGAGCGACAGGACCCUACCGAGUUCGAUAUCUCUCUCGAAAUCAUGGAAUCUGAGUCUCAGAUCGAAUCCACCAUCAAAGCAUAUACCGGUGUAAUUCCAGUGGAGCACAUCGAUCGAGUGGCGGCCCUCUUUGCACACUUGAUGAAAACCAUUGUCCGCGGCUCAGGCCGCCGAAUAGGAGAACUGGAAUUUGUUCCUGAGAAAGAUCUUGUCACAAUUGGAAAAUUGAACAGGAGUAUCAGCAAUCCGCCCGUUGAGAGUUGCGUUCACGAUGUCAUCUUGCAGCAGUGCCAGAACCAACCCCAGGCACCGGCUGUCUGUGCUUGGGAUGGGGACUGGUCCUAUGGCGCACUGGAUCGUGUCUCGUCUUCGUUGGCAAACCAGCUCAGGUCGCAUGGCGUCCAGUUUGAGGACUUUGUUCCAGUUUUGAUGGAGAAGAGUCGAUGGGUACCAAUCGCUCUGCUUGCUAUCCUCAAAGCCGGAGGCGCUUUCGUUCUCCUCGAUCCGACACAACCGCUUCAUAGACUCCAAGAUAUAUGCGUGGAUCUAAGCCCCAAAACUAUCUUGGUAUCUCCAGAAUACAGCGACCAUGCGGCGCCCCUCGUGGAUAACAUUGUCAUCGUUGGAAAUGACUAUUCGCCAGAUGAUAAGACUUGCAGAGAGACGUCCAAGGAGCCAGUUCAACCAAGCAACGCGGCAUAUGCUGUCUUCACUUCAGGCUCAACGGGGAAGCCGAAAGGAGUGGCCAUUACGCAUAGAUCACUAUGCACCAGUGCCGCCGCUAUGAGGGAACAUUUGCCUAUAAACGCUGAUACACGAAUGUUCCAAUACGCCUCGCAUGCGUUCGAUGUCAGCGUUCUAGACCUCACUGUGUGCUUUAUGGCGGGUGGUUGUCUCUGCAUUCCCUCCGCCGAAGACAGACAAAAUCGUCUAACGGAAAGCUUGAAUGACUUUUCCGUCAGUCUCGUCGCUCUCACUCCAACCGUCACUCGGACUAUUCACCCAGAGCGCCUGAGAACACUCAAGACAUUGAAGGUAAGCGGAGAAGCGCUGUCUUCCUUCGACAUUCAGCGAUGGAAAUCUGCAGCUCCUCAUAUCCAGAUCGUCAACAUGUACGGUCCUGCGGAAUGUACAAUCAACUCGACGGUCCAAGGGCCUAUUGCAUUUGAUUCGUAUCCUUCGAAUAUUGGAUAUCCGCUAUCCAGUGCGACAACCUGGGUGGUCGAUCCCAACAACUAUCACAGACUGCUUCCGAUGGGGGCUGUUGGAGAGCUUGUAGUCCAAGGACCCAUUGUCGGACGUGGUUACCUCAACCGCCCAGAGCAGACAGCCGCGUCAUUUGUUUCGCCUCCAGGGUGGUUGGCGCAGUUUAAGCCGGUGGGCUCCAGUGACGAGAGGCUUUACAAGACUGGAGAUCUAGUUCAGUACGCUGCAGACGGCUCAAUGCAUUACAAGGGUCGUAAGGAUUUCCAGGUCAAGCUCCGCGGGCAGCGACUUGAGCUAGGUGAGGUUGAGGCGCAACUUCGCCGUGCAUUCCCGGAUGCUUCUGAUGUCCUCGCCGAGGUAGUGUCUUUGAAUCAGGGAAAAACAGCUGGGUUGGUCGCUUUCGUUCAUCAGAGCUCCUGGGAUGAUGAGUCCCAGCCGAGUGCCUGCGCAGGGCCGGUUCUCGGUGCGUCUGGCCGUGAUUUACUGCAUGCUCCAUGCGCUGUCUUUGAGAAGGCAGUCACCCAAGCGAAAAUGACGGUUUCGGCCACUCUUCCAGGCUACAUGGAGCCCAGUAUAUAUCUGCCACUUAUCCAAAUCCCGAGAUCUCGAAGUGGUAAGGCUGACCGGGCUCAACUGCGCCAACUGGCCAGUUCUGAUUAUGAACGUUGGGCUGGUGACUCAAGCGUCGCGGCAGAGGGACAAAGAAAGCCGACGACUGAGAUGGAAGUCAUUCUUUGCUCUGCUGUCGCCGAGGCCUUGGGUCUAGCCGAGGCCGACAUCCAUGCAGAGGACCAUUUCUUCCGCCGUGGUGGAGAUUCGGUCGCUGCGAUGAUGCUGGUUGGGGGCCUUCGUGAGCGAAAUUGCUAUCUCACAGUCGCGGAUAUCUUCGCACACCCUCGACUGGAUGUUCUCGCUACCAAGAUGCAGCAGGCGCUUCCCUCGAGUGUGGUAGAGGUCCCUCUGCCGUUCUCAUUGCUUGGGAAAGAAGUGGGCUCCCAUCAAGCAGUCAUCGCUCAAACAACGAAGCAGUGCGCCGUUGCGGAAGAAGAAAUCGAGGAUGUCUACCCCUGCUCACCUCUUCAGCAUGCCUUCUUCAUGCUCAGCACCACUCGCGAGAAGGGCACCCUGAUUGCAAGAUUUGCUUAUGAUCUCCGACCGGGGACAGACCUUGACAGAUUGCAAAGAGCAUGGCAUGAUACUACCAAGGCGCACCCGAUGUUGCGAUCGCGGAUCAUUCAACUUGAUGGCCAGUCCAGCCUUCAUCAAGCGGUUCUCAGUCAAGGCGCGAAGAUCGAGCUGUUUGACUCCGAUGAGCAAGAAUAUGUUCCUGACCUGGCAAUUGAACCGACGCCUGGCAAGCCACUUUUGCGGAUUGCUGUGGUGCGCAGAUCAUCCCCACGACAACAUCACCGACUUUUCGUCACUUUGCAGCACUCUCUGUACGAUGGGUGGUCUCGAGCAGUAUUUAUGCAAGAGUUUGAAAGGGCUUAUUCUGGCGCUACGCUGCAAGCCUUGCCUGUGUCCUCGUUCAUCGGACAUCUCCGUCAUGCUGAUGAGGAAGCAAAGCAAUUUUGGGCCUCAGAGCUCAAAGAUCUCCGGGGCACGGCUUUCCCGGCCGUUUCCUCGGGAUAUACGCCUCACCCUAGUGCCACACUUGCUCGAAGCGUCCCUACCGUGGGGAUUCCAUCGCCCCAGAUCACAUUAUCCUCCAAGGUUCGGUGGGCGUGGGCGCACGCCAUCUCGCUCCAAACGAACGACUCCGAAGUCAAUAUGGCUUUGGGAACCGCCGGGCGAGGCACCCCGGUGGCUGGUAUCGAGAGAAUGGUCGCACCCACAAUGGCCAUCUUCCCAUAUCGAACUCAUAUCAAUCCCAAGCAAAAGGUGAUUGACGCCCUUCACGACUCUCAGACCCAUUAUAGUCAAAUCCUCCCUCACGAGCAUUACGGUACACCCAACAUCAGCCGUGUCGCGACAGGCCCAACUUCCCCAGCCGCGCUGAACACGCUGUUGAUCGUCCAGCCCCAAGGUGAACAGCGACCUUCAUCACUAUAUUUCCAAGAGGAAAUGCUGCCUCAGAUGGGGGCGUUCCAUGCGCGCGCGCUGACCGUGCACUGCCACCUUCAAGAGACGUCUGUCGAGAAUGUCGCAUGCUAUGAUGAGAAGCUUGUUUCAGAAAGAGACAUGCUUCGGGUCCUUGCUAGGUUUGAGUUGAUCUUCCAGCAGGUCUGCGAAGAGCCUAGCUUGCUUGUUGGGCAAUUGAUUGUUCCAGAUGAUAUCUGGUCAUUGGCAGGCGAACUUGUCCUUUCUCCAUCGUGCAGAACUGCACCGAUGAACUCAUGA